CGCCUCCUGGUUCCGGGGUGUAUUUGUUGUGUGUCAGUUGUUCUCCGGUCUCCGACAGCUGUCGCCACUACGGACAUGAACCGCGAGCUCUUCGCGGCGGGCGAGCGGCUGGUGUCGCCGGCUUACGUGCGGCAGGGCUGUGAGGCCCGCCGCUCGCACGAGCACCUCAUGCGGCUACUUCUGGAGAAGGGCAAGUGUCCAGAGGAUGGUUGGGAUGAAAGUACACUUGAACUCUUUUUACAUGAACUUGCAAUUAUGGACAGCAACAAUUUCCUGGGCAAUUGUGGUGUGGGAGAAAGGGAAGGAAGAGUGGCAUCUGCAUUAGUUGCUCGGCGACAUUACAGGUUCAUUCAUGGAAUUGGACGAUCAGGUGAUAUUUCUGCUGUGCAACCCAAAGCUGCAGGUUCUAGCCUUUUGAACAAAAUUACCAAUUCUUUGGUCCUGGACAUCAUAAAAUUGGCUGGUGUCCAUACAGUGACCAGCUGCUUUGUAGUUCCAAUGGCAACUGGUAUGAGUCUAACCCUGUGUUUCUUAACAUUGCGACACAGAAGACCAAAGGCAAAGUAUAUUAUAUGGCCACGAAUAGACCAGAAGUCUUGCUUUAAAUCCAUGAUCACUGCAGGUUUUGAGCCUGUGGUGAUAGAGAACAUUUUAGAAGGUGACGAGCUGCGCACAGACCUGAAAGCAGUGGAGGCUAAAGUCCAGGAACUUGGGCCUGAUCACGUUCUGUGUGUUCAUUCUACCACGUCCUGUUUUGCUCCAAGGGUGCCUGAUAGGUUAGAAGAACUGGCUGUGAUUUGUGCUAAUUAUGGCAUUCCACAUAUAGUCAACAAUGCUUAUGGAGUGCAAUCUUCAAAGUGCAUGCACCUCAUUCAGCAGGGAGCUCGUGUUGGUAGAAUAGAUGCUUUCGUUCAGAGCUUGGACAAAAAUUUUAUGGUUCCAGUAGGUGGUGCUAUAAUUGCUGGCUUUAAUGAUUCCUUCAUUCAGGAAAUCAGCAAGAUGUAUCCAGGAAGAGCUUCAGCUUCACCUUCUUUAGAUGUCCUUAUUACUUUAUUAUCACUUGGAUCAAAUGGCUACAAGAAGCUAUUAAAAGAAAGAAAGGAAAUGUUUUCCUAUUUGUCCAACCAACUAAAGAAGCUGUCAGAAGCCUACAAUGAAAGACUAUUGCAUACACCUCACAAUCCCAUAUCUUUAGCUAUGACGCUUAGAGCCCUGGACAAACACCGUAGCAGAGCUGUCACGCAGCUUGGCUCCAUGCUUUUUACAAGACAGGUUUCUGGAGCCAGGGUUGUUCCUCUUGGGUCUAUGCAGACUGUGAGUGGCUACACUUUCAGAGGCUUUAUGUCACAUACAAAUAAUUACCCUUGUGCUUACCUCAAUGCUGCGUCAGCCAUUGGAAUGAAGACACAGGAUGUGGACUUGUUCAUAAAGAGACUUGACAAGUGUUUAAAGACAGCCAGAAAGGAACAAAAUAAAGAGAGUGACGUAUCUGGAGUUGACAAUAAUGACAAAACUGAAGAUGUGGAUAUAGAAGAAAUGGCUUUAAAACUAGAUAAUGUAUGUCUUGACACAUGCCAGGAUUCUUCUUGAUGACAUGUGAAGGGUUUCUUUCUGAUAAUUUGAAAGAAGUGAGGAGGCUACAGUAUAAGCUAACAGUUUAAAGACAAAAUGUAAGAUUUUUGAAUUGAGAAUUUCAUGGAGAAUAUUUGGUCAAGGAAUAGAAUAUGGUCUGAGCUAGCCAUUGAUGAUUGUUACAUUUGUUAUUUUUAGACUGCUUCAAUCAUUACCAUCCUCAACAGGUCAUAAUAUACAAUUAACAUUUUUCCAAUUGUUAAACAUUUGCCAAUUAAGCAUUAUGAUUCAGAUAAUUCUUACUAAUAUGUUGAUAGUAAAAUUACACAUGACCUCUGAUUCUCUUGGAAAUGUGUAGACUGUGUUCCUCUGACCAUUCUCUGUCAUUCACAAAUUACUUAGUUUCUGACCACACAGAAUUUAGAAAGAUCACUAAUGCUGCUAUUUACUAGAUGUUUGUCAAUGUGUGUAAGUCAUGGUAUGCCUGUAAAAUGGAUAUUUCCCAGGAAAGCAGAGUCAAGGUGUAAGCUUUAAUUUUCACUCAAUAGAAAUGGAUCUCAACUUCAGGAUGAUUUGCUUAUAUCUAAGAAACAUUUAGGGAUCUUUUUGAUUGUCAAAACUAGCAGAAUACUAUUGAUAUCCAGUGAGUGGAGGCCAGGCGUGCUGUUCAACAUCCUACAAUGGGCAAGACAACUUCCCAAAAUAAAGAUUUAUCUAGCCCCAAAUCUCACUAGAGCUGUGGUUGAGAAACACUGCUCUAAAUUCUCUCAUAGCUCAGUCGGUAAAGAAUCUGCCUGUGAUGCAGGAGACCCGGAUUCGAUUCCUGGAUGGGAAAGAUCCCUUGGAGAAGGAAAUGGCAACCCACUCCAGUAUUCUUGCUUGGAGAAUCCCAUGGACAGAGGAGCCUGGCAGGCUAUAGUCCAUGGGGUUGCAAGAGUUGGACAUGACUUAGCGACUAAACCACUAGCAAAGUAAGAGAACUCCUAAAUAAAGAGAAGUUUUCCAUAGCAACUUUACUUAUUCACUAGUAACUUAAUAUAAAGUAGCUCUGUAAAUGUUAAUGAAUUACACAGUAUGCAGAUUCUUAACUGAUAACUGAGGUUACCUCUUCUGAGUAUAUAAUUAUAAAUUGUUAAUACGACAUGUGUGCAUUUUUCCAUUUGGGAAAGUGAAAACUUUAUUUCAGUGUUUUUGCCUCAAGCAGCCUUGGUUAGCUUGUUCAGGUGUUUUGUACAGCCAUCAUCAAGAGUGGUUAACAUGGGGAUUCUGAACAUAUUUUUGCUGGGGAGGUGAAAAUGAUGGAGUAUGAUGAACAGGUGUAUUCCCUACCCAUUGCCCAUAUGCUUCCUUCCUGAAUCUGAAAUCCUAGACUUAGUGGCUAUAACUGUUAUUUUUGGUGUUGAUUUUAAGACUGAUAGGCUAAGGAAUUAGUGAAGCUCCUGAAUGCACCAAAGUUUCAAAACUGUGUUUCUUAAGACUUGCUCUGCGGAGCAUUUAUUCCUAAGAGAUGCUCAAGGGUAUGAAAGGAAAGGUUCCAUGAGCAAGUUGGGAACUUUGCAGACCUGCCUAUUGGCAUAUUAAAGGCUCUAAGAAUCCCUUCUAUUUGAGUUUGAAUAUAUCCUUGUCUAAAGAUGGAACCUGUUUUUUUAAUUAAAUACUUACUGACGUCCCAUUGAAUGUAUUUUUGAAAACACUACAGUAGAGAAUGCCACUUUUCUUUCUAGAUUGUGUUUUUCUCCAUUGGUUUGGUACUGUAAACUGUGUGAAACAUGAGCUCAGAUUGCUGCCACUCCCACUGGUAAGUUAGAAUAUUUUAUUGCCAACUUUGGAAGUCCACUGUUGAGAUAAGUACUUAAUUACAACUAUCGUAAAGGGUUGCUUUGAAAUUUUUGUAUGUCUGGGGUUCAGAUACUUGAAGUGUGUGGGUUCUUAAAAUAUUUCUUUCAAAGGUAAAUCCUGGAUUAAAAAGUUGUAUAAUGUUUUUAAUGUGAAUUUGGGACUGAAUCUAAGAAGUAGUUAAGAUGAAGAGUUGCUAUAGACCCUCUCCAGUCUGUGAAAGGAAAUAAAGUGAUGAUGUGGAUGUAGAUGCUGGUGAUGCAGUAUCCUGUCCACAUAAGCCCAGAUCGUUUUAUAGAACGAGUGAUCUAUUUUAUGUGAUCAUCAUUUAACUUAAGAAAGGCCAGAGUCGAGAGACCCGCAAAUGUUUUCUCAUCUGUGGUGUAUCAGCAGUUCUUGGGCUACAGCUGCUGAAUAGAUAAUAAUUCUAAUUGAAGAUAAAUUACAUGAACCCACAUGUGAAUGAUAGAUAUGUUAUAACAUUUCAUUCCUGGCGCAUAAUAUCAGCUGCAGCUUUUACUAUUAGCCCUUUCUUUUCAGAGGUUUUAGAAUUCCAACUAUUCCUACUGGUUUCAAUUUGACCUUGAGGUUGUAGAAGUCAAGAAUUUUUGAAGGGAUAUUAUAGGUUCUGCACAUUUAGGCUUUCCUUUGUCCCCACUCCAGUGUCCUUUGACUUGCUAUCUCUGCUUUCCGUGUACAUACAAGUUAUUUAUUUUAAUCUCCUAGUAAUGAUUGGUAAGCCUCAUAAUUGGCUUUAGUUAUCGUCUCACUGGGGCAAAGGGCCAACCGAUGAUAUCUUUUCCAAUCAGUGGCUAAGAUGACCUCUUCUAUCUUUGUGAUCUAACUGCCCUUAUUAAGACUAUCAGGUAGAAUUUUGGAGUUUGGUUUUUAAAGUCAUUGGGCUGUGUGGUAGUCUGCCCAGAAAAGAAAAUUGAAUAACAUGAAAUAUUCUUUAGGUCACUACACCCAAUGUGUUACUUAUUAUACACAGAGCAGGAAAGGGUAUUUUCAAUCCAAUUCUCAAUUUGGCUCUUAAGUUCUCUGCUGACAAAUUCUCCCUCUAUCAGGGAAUGAUAUGUGAUACUAGCCUUAGGAACUCUGUGUUCAACUAUAAAUCUUUUUAUUUAGCUUUUUGCAAUAGUUGAUGAGUUGAUCAAAUGUGAAUUAUUGAAAACAGUUACGUUCAGUCAAUGGGCACUUGAUAUACAGAAUGAUAACUUUAAAUUGAGUUUUUUUCCCUGAUAUUUUGCCCUAGCUCAUACCUCUAUUGUGGUUCUGUUUCUUUAACCACUAUAGUAAGUACUGUCAUGAGGUCUAAGCUAUAGGGCAUGCUUUUGGUUUUAGACUAGACGGCCAUGGUAGGUCUUAGUAAAAUUAAACAGAGAUAAUUUGUUCAACCAGUGAUGUUACUUUAAUACUGAAUUAGUAGCUCAUCCUAAGUUAUAUUCUUGUCUUCUUUCGUAGAGGAAAAAUCCAACAACUGACAGGUAUGGCAAACCCUGGUGAAUCUCAUUUAGGGAAACUUUUUUGAAUACAUACACAUUUGGUGCAUAUAAAACUUGGGUUUUCUUUUCCCACUGUCUGAAAUAUACUCAUUUCUGCCAAGCCCUUAAAUGGUUUUGUGUUUUGCAUUCAUGAGGCCAGUCCUGUUUUGAAACUAAGUUUGUGUACGUAGAAGUUUAAUUAUUUCAGGGGUUUGAUACCCUCUGAAUAAUUUGAUAAAGCAACUGAAUAUGCUGUGAACAUCUUUUUUAAGUUCCUGUAAAUAGUCUUUUCUUGUCUGUCACAUUGUGUUGAUUAUUGGUCUCUUACGGCCGCUCAGCAUACAGGCCUAAGACUUCCCCGCUGUGUUCCUUCGUGCCUGCCUUUCUACUUUCAUGCUCUUCUUGGUCAUUAUGGUGUGUACACGUGUAAGACGAUGAGUUCAAGGCUAAUGACUAUAUCUUUAUAAUUUUCCACCUAAUAUUUUAAAGUUCAAUCUAAGGCCUUAAGCAAAAUCUGAAACUAUUAAUAUGGUCUUGUUUUUAUCAAGUGAUACUGGCGUCAACUUGAACAUUUAGAGAACUGUGAAGAAAGGCUGUGUUUAAAUGUAUAGUUGUGAGGGAUUUUAGCUAUUAGAAUUGAAGCUGGUGUCAGCCUGCUAACUUAUAUGUUUUACUAAAAGAGAAAGGUAUUUCCAAAAAUAUUUUUGCUGUAGACUAUUUAAAAAUAAGACUGAAUUGUAUAAUUUAUUAUGCAAUAAAUUUUUAAUAAAUCAUG